AUGUCCAACAGCAGCUCCAUCAGCCAGUUCCUCCUCCUGGCAUUCGCAGACAGGCGGGAGCUGCAGCUCCUGCACUUCUGGCUCUUCCUGGGCAUCUACCUGGCUGCCCUCCUGGGCAACGGCCUCAUCAUCACCACCAUCGCCUGGGACCACCACCUCCACACCCCCAUGUACUUCUUCCUGCUCAACCUCUCCCUCCUCGACCUGGGCUGCAUCUCCACCACCCUCCCCAAAGCCAUGGCCAAUUCCCUCUGGGACACCAGGGCCAUCUCCUACUCAGCAUGUGCUGCACAGCUCUUCUUCUUUGCCAUUUUCAUCACAGCAGAGUGGUCCCUUCUCACCAUCAUGUGCUAUGACCGCUACGUGGCCAUCUGCAGA